UCUACCAACAGCUUACCCUCAGCUCAUGGAAGGCCACCCUUUGAAAACUUUUGUGGCGCGAUUUGCACACAUUUUUCAAGGAGAUUGAUGAGUCUCGCACGGACACUCAGAUUUGCACUUUUCCGAAAGGAAGAGUAUAUGACCAGAAUUGUUUUUUCACUGCUUAUAAAAACACAAACAGGUUUAUAGAGAAAUCCUGAGCAGGCUCUCCCUUGUAAGUGCUGGCACACUGGCUGGGCCAGAGGAAUGUCACAGACCAAGCGGAAAACCACCAGUCUUUCCCUGACUAUUGGUCCAGCCAGUCAAAAAUCUAGCAGCAAUAAUCAAGCAUGCCACAGUUAUUCCACUUUAAUUCACCCACUAUCCGUUGACCCUCAAAGAAUGCAGAGAUCAAAAAGCCAGACUGGAUCGUCCUAUGAAGCAGCUCCUCUCUUUAUAAAGGGUCUACAGAACAUCAGAGCCACAAAAGGCCAACUGGUAGUCUUUGAAUGUCGAAUUCGAGCAUCACCCACUCUUAAAGUUCGCUGGUACAGAGAGAACCAUCAAAUAAUGGAUUCUGCAGACUUCCGAAUAUUAAGAAAAAAGGCUUGCUUAUCCAUGGUCCCUGAGGAAGUUUGCACCUUGGUGAUUACAGAAGCUUUCCCUGAGGAUUCUGGCAUAUUUAAAUGUAUUGCUGAAAAUGAAUUUGGAGCAGUGGCAUCCAGUGCACACCUUACUGUUUCUCAAGGAACUGAAGAGACUGAAAGUUAUACAGCAGCUACCUCAUACUCAGAUAUGCCAGCCACAAUGAACAUCACCUCCACAUCUCUUCCUAUUACCACAUAUGGUGCAGACAGCAAACCCUCCAACGUAAUGGCACAACAACAGCCCUCUGGCCAAGCCAGUCAAAUGGAGCACCCAAGUUCCUGGUGGCAGGAUUAUGGGGAUGAGAGCAAGGACUUUGGUGGUGUUUAUGAAAACCCUCCAGAGAUUUCAAACCAUUGGGAUUAUCAUCAUCAAGACAGCCACUCUUUGCUGAGGCAGGGUUUCACUCAGCAACCUAGCCAAGAGGGGCCACAAAAUUUAUCGUCUAAUUUUUUCCAGCUGACAUCAAAAAGCCCAUUUUCACCUUCUAAAACACAGGACAAUUGUGAAAUCUUCCCCAUGAGUGUCAGUAACCUCCCAUCCAUUACCUCUAUGUAUCAACCAAGCAUGUUUAACUAUGAGCGUCCAAAACAUUUUAUCCAGUCUCAAAAUACAUAUCAAGUGAAACCACAGCCUCCAGGACCAGAAACUACACUUCCAAGCAGGCAAACCAAGCAGUCUUCCAUUCUAAUCCAGCCUUGUAACCCUAAUGAGAAGAAAUUUUCUUCCUCUUCAUCGCUGAGCUCGCCAAUCUCGCUCUCCUCACCUUCAUAUAGCGCUUCAUUUCCCGUAACACCCGCAUCUGCUCAAUCUCCUGCUAGCUCAUCAUCUGGGCAAAGGAUGUCAUCCAUGCAUAACCAGUCCCCUGCAGCAUUCCUUUGCUCCGUGUUGCCCUCCCAUUUUGAUUAUAAUAGCCAAGGUCCUUCCUCAGUGGAGUCAAACAGUUACUCCAAGCCUAUGUACAAAAAACAAACCAGCAGUACAAAGCAAGUGCAGAAGACUUCUGACCGGGAGAUACAAGGAACAAAAGACGCACUCAUUCAAGACUUGGAAAGGAAACUACGAUGUAAAGAUAACAUUCUUCAUAACGGCAACCAACGUUUAAGCUACGAGGAGAGAAUGGCUCGUAGAUUACUUGGACCAGAAAAUGCUGCAUCUGUAUUUGAACCACAGAGUGAAGAAAGUGCACAGGACAUGCAACAGCAGAACCUGGAAAGUACACGACUGCAAGUUCCUACAGGACAAGUCAGGAGCAGACCAUCUUCAAGAGGGGAGAGGAGUGAGCAUGGCUCAAUCCAGGAGAAGUUUUUUCAGCCACGAUUCUUGCAAGUGCCUGAGGACAUAACAGUUGAAGAAGGACGAUUCUGCAGGAUUGACUUCAAAGUCAGUGGGCUACCAACUCCAGAUGUGGCAUGGUAUUUAAAUGGAAGACUGGUUCACCCAGAUGAUUUCCACAAAAUGAUUGUAUCUGAAAAAGGAUUCCACUCAUUCAUUUUUGAAGUAGUCCGGAUCUAUGAUGCAGGAACAUGGGAGUGUGUGGCUUUUAAUCGUGCUGGAGAAGCUUCCUUUACAGUAAAACUGGAUGUCAUUGCUCGAGAACACCGGAAACCCCCAACGUUCAUCUUUAAAGCACAAAGCACAAAAGUUUAUGAAGGAGAUUCAGCCAGACUUGAAUGCCAAGUGUCUGCUAUUCCCCCACCACAGAUUUACUGGAAAAGAAAUAAUGAAAUGGUACAAUUUAAUACAGACCGAAUAAGUAUGUUUCAUGAUACCUCUGGGAAAGUUUGCUUGCUGAUUCACAAUGCAAAUAAGAAAGAUGCUGGUUGGUACACAGUAUCUGCAGUCAAUGAGGCAGGAGUGGCAACAUGCCAUGCUAGACUGGAUGUGGCCACUCACACAUAUAAACCAGUUCCAAACCGGAAGCCACUGAAGGUUCGACCAACAUUUAGCAAAUACUUGGCACUCAAUGGUAGAGGUCUGGAUGUGAAACAAGCUUUCUUGCCCGAUGAAGGAGAGUUUCAGCGUAUGGCAGCACAGUCUGGACUCUAUGAGAGUGAUGAACUUUAACUGACAAGGAAGGAAACGUCUAGUGUUCCUGCAACAGACAUUUAUGAACAGCGCACAGAUGCAUCUGAGUGGUGGUUGCACUGAUAGCAAACCUCCCUAAUAUAUUUUUAUUUAUAAUUUGACUCUUGCUCACUCUUCCUGCUGUUGUGAUUUUACUAAGAUAAGUUUUUACAAAUGUGUGUGACUGUAGCAGAGGGAAAUAUCAAAUAUUUGUAUGUUUUAGUUGUAAAGUCCAAGACACAAGGCCAGUGGAUGACUAAGGAAGUACAGAUGGCCUGAAUGCACCUAGAAAUCAGUCACAGAAUUUUUCCUUGUACUGCUUUGUUAAUAUCCCUCUCCAGGAUACUAUAAUUUCUGCUGGAUAAAUACUAAACAUAAUUUGAGUGUUUAAUUGCAAGUUUUAUGUCCAAUGCAAAUAAAGUUUUAAGUAUAAGAUGUA